UUAAGCAGAUACGAAUUGGGGUCGUGGUCCACUAUAUAUCAUCCCUGAACUUAGGGGCCAAUAUCUCCGUCAAGGUGAUUUCGGACAGAUGGCCCCGGUAAGAAUCAAAUAUAAUUGAAUCCGGAUUCCUAUUGCAAAGAAAGUUGGAUCUCGAACUGAAUCCUGAACGCGACAUUCCUCGAGAGAUUUUUCAGCAUCUAUGUUGAAUGCUGAGCAGAUGGAACGCUUUGGUUCAAAGAUACAUCAAAGAUGGGUUCUAUGGAGAGACUUUGAAUCUCUACUGUACGAUGCUCAAAAGCGGUCGCCCUCCUGAUAAUUUCACCUUCCCUCUUGUCAUCAAGUCUUGUGCUCAAUUGGGUAUUCUUAACGAUGGUAAGAAAAUUCAUGCCCACUCAAUUAUCAUGGGUUUGGAGAGUGAUGUCUUUGUACAGACUGCACUUGUCGAUAUGUACGGGAAAACUGGAGACCUGAGUUUUGCUCGCAAGGUGUUCGAUAAAAUGCCCAAAAGAAGCAUCGUCUCAUGGAAUGCGAUGAUUGAUGGUUACUGCAAAGUUGGUGAGUUCAGUGUGGCACUUGGGAUUUUUAAUAGUCUGUUGAUGGGUGAUUUGAGGCCCAAUUUGAGCAGCUUAGUGAGCAUUACAGCUGGCUCUGGUCAGUGUGGGUUUCCUGAGAUUGGCAGGUCGAUUCAUUGCCACGGGAUGAAGCUUGGGCAUGAUUUGGAUUCAGUAUUAUGUAAUUCCAUUAUGAAAAUGUACAUUGCGCUUGGGCUUGUGGAUUCUGCUCGCCUCGUUUUCAAUCUGAUGCUGGAAAGAUCAGUCGUUUCUUGGACUACUCUCAUUGGAGGGUACACAAAGAUUGGAAAUUUUCAUCAAGCCUUCUUGCUUUUUUCUCAAAUGCUUCUAGAAGGAACCAGGCCUGAUUCAGUCACAUUCAUAAACUUGUUACCAGGUUGUGUCGGUUUUGGAAGUGUUCUGGUGGGAAGCUCACUUCAUGCUUCCAUCAUUAAAAGCGGCUGCGAGCAUGAUGACCUUGCUAUGACUGCUCUUGUAUCGAUGUACAUGAAAUUCCAUGAUGCAAAUUCUAGCCGUAAAUUGUUCGAAGUUAGAAGUGACAAGAGUGUCUUCUUGUGGACGUCGUUGAUCACUGGUUAUGUUCAAAAUGGGGAUCCAAGUGAAGCUCUGGUUCUGUUUCAAAAGAUGCUGAAUUCACAUACGAAACCAAAUGAAAUAACCAUCUCAAGUGCUCUAUCUGCUGCUGCUGAAUUGGGUUCGUUGGCAAUGGGAAAAUGGAUAGAAGAGUAUAUCUACACCAAUAAAAUCAAGAUGAGCAUUCGCGUUGCUACUGCUCUUAUCAACAUGUACUGCAAGUGUGGAAGCAUUGAAGAUGCUAGAGGACUAUUCGACCGAUCUCCUAAUAGAGAUUUGGCCUUGUGGAGCUCUAUGAUUAUAGGAUAUGCAAUUAAUGGUAAGGGGAAGGAAGCCAUUGGUCUCUUCUCUGAUAUGCUAAAAGAUGGUACAAGGCCAGAUGACAUGGUCGUCACUGGAAUACUUACUGCUUGUUGCCACAGUGGUUCAGUUACAGAUGGACUUCAUUACUUUUUAAGUAUGAAGAAUGACUUUAAUAUAGAGCCUAAACUUGUUCAUUAUUCAUGCAUGAUUGAUCUUCUUAGUCGUGCAGGCUACUUGGAUGAGGCAUGGAAGAUCAUUCAAGAGGUGCCCAUAGAUUACCAGGUGGCAUUAAUGGCUCCAUUUCUGAGUGCAUGUAAGACUCAUGCCAAUGUUGGCUUAGCAGAGGCUGCUCGUCCAUUACUUGAGCAUCAGCCUAGUGGUUGUGGAAGUCAUGUUUUGUUGUCUAACAUAUACGCAGCAGCUGGAAAGUGGGAUAUGGCAGAAAGCACUAGAGGCUUGGUUCAGCAGAAGGGUUUGGUGAAGGAAGCAGGUUGCAGCAAGCUUGAAGUAGAUACUGUCGACCAUUUUUUUGAAAGGCGGGUGAUCUAACAGUGUUCAAGAAGAAUCCUGGUUGAAUUGCAGGAAAAAUCUCACACGGUGUCUCUAACUAAGAUUCUAAACUAAAUGGACGAUUAAAAAUUCUGUCCUAAAGAGCCCAUUCCUCAGUUUUGAUAGUUAUGAAAAUUAACUUGUAUAUCUAAAAACUUAUCGUCUUCUGAUUUUUUUUUUUAAGAUCUUCCCAAUAGUUCUAAUAAUUCUGGAUAUAUCUGAGUGCGUUUUAGAACACCAAAACUGAGAACACGCGAUCCACGUGAGCUGUUCAUGUUGGAUUUUCUUCAUGGGGCGUUGGGUCCAUGUGAAGUUUGCUGGG